CACAAACAGUAAGUUUGCUCUCUCUCAAGUCUCAACCACCCCAUUUCUCUGAACAUGGACUCCACUUUCUUCCAACUCUCUUAAACAAAACAUUAAUCAAAUUGAUUUUCUCCGUCUGUGAUUCCAUUCCAUGCUAUUCUUAGCAGGAGGGUCUUGACGUUAUUUUCUUUCUUUCUUUCCUGGAAGAUUGUUAUCAUUCUUUCCUAGAGCCUUGAACUGGUGAGAGGUUUUGUUUUACAGGGUUUUCUCUCCUCCCCCCUGUUCACUGUACAUAAACUGUGUGUUGGAUAUACAUGGUUCGAGCGUUGGGACAAGAACAGGAAAAUUAUGGGUCAUUGUUUCGCUUCAAAAGGUUCCAUUCUAGGAGUUUGAGCAGUGAGACUGGCAGUAGAGAAAGUGAACCUGCUAUGGAAGAUGGGAGUUUGUUUAGGAUUGCUUUAAAAGCUCGACAAGAUCAACCUUCAUCUGAAAAGCCACGGCUUGGCAGGGGUACUACUCGAUCCGAUAGGGGGAAGUCUCGCCAUUCCAGGGAAGACUCUAUGGAUGCUUCUCAGUAUAUUGAAAAACUCCAACACGAUAUGGAGCAAAUGAAGGAAAGAUUUGCUAAAUUGCUUCUGGGGGAGGAUAUGUCUGGUGGAGGAAAGGGUGUUUCAUCAGCUUUAGCAUUGUCGAAUGCCAUUACGAACCUUGCAGCUUCUGCAUUCAGUGAGCAAAACCGUUUGGAGCCCAUGGCAGCUGAAACAAAAGCUAGGUGGAGGAAAGAAAUCGAUUGGCUCUUAUCGGUGACUGAUCACAUAGUUGAAUUUGUUGCUUCUCGACAGAAAUCUAACGAUGGCAGCAGUAUGGAGAUCAUGGUGACACGACAAAGAAAUGAUCUUCACAUGAACAUCCCUGCAUUGCGCAAGCUUGAUGCAAUGCUUCUUGAUUGUUUAGACAAUUUCAAGGACAAAAAUGAGUUCUAUUAUCUAUCAAAGGACGCUCCAGAUGGCGCCAAAAGGAAUGGUGAUAAGUGGUGGCUGCCUACGGUUAAAGUUCCUGAAGGAGGCCUAUCCGAAGUGGCAAGAAAAUUUCUGCAAUUUCAAAAAGAUUGUGUAAACCAAGUGCUCAAGGCUGCCAUGGCCAUAAAUUCUCAAGUUCUAUCAGAAAUGGAGAUCCCUGAGAAUUACAUUGAAUCGUUGCCUAAGAAUGGGAGGGCAAGUCUUGGAGACUCAAUCUAUCGAAGUAUUACGGUUGAAUAUUUUAAUCCUGACCAAUUCCUCUCCACAAUGGACUUAUCAUCAGAACACAAAAUCCUGGGCCUCAAGAACAGAAUGGAGGCUUCCAUAGUGAUUUGGAAGAGAAAGAUGGUCCAAAAAGAUGGAAAAUCAGGUUGGGGUUCAGGUGUGAGCAUGGAGAAGAGAGAACUCUUUGAAGAGAGAGCAGAGACAAUCUUAAUCAUCCUCAAACAAAGAUUCCCUGGAAUUCCUCAAUCUUCACUAGAUGUUAGCAAAAUUCAAUACAACAAGGAUGUUGGGCAGGCAGUCCUGGAAAGUUAUUCCAGAAUACUUGAAACUUUGGCCUAUACAGUCUUGUCUCGAAUCGAAGAUGUACUCUAUGCCGAUUAUGUCAGUAAAAAUCCAUCUGAAGCAAAUGAUACAAGAAAUCCUUUAAUAGAUAAUGAAAUGACAGGAACAGAAUGUUUACUGGAACACAGCGCUUCAAAUGUAAAGAUACAGACACUGUUAGAUUUUAUGGGUUGGGAUGCAGAGCAAGGCGAUUAUGAAGAAAAGAUGAACCCAGAAGAUCAAUACGAUGAACCUGCAAAAGAAGGUGAAAGCAAAUAG